AUGGCUGAUAUGACUUCCAGUCGGAGGAAACAACCCAAAGGAGACAUGUCUAUGUCCAUCCUCCAGAAACGAUUCAAAAUUGAUGAUGGAAAAAACAAGUAUGUCGAACAGUCUACUCUACUUGAGCCUUCCAACAAAGUCACACAUAAACAAGAUGAAGAAGAAAUGAAAGAAGUAUCUGCUUCGCUUGCUGAGCUCAAGAAGAACCAUGACAUCAUCAAGAAACGUGUCAACGAAAAAGAAAAAGAUCUCGACACCAUCCGCAAAGAAAUCCAGCAGCUCGAAUACCAAGAAAGCACGGCUGAGGGAGCAGUCUAUGAAAAUGAUACUCGCAAAGAACAGAUUGAGAAUGCUGUCUCAGUCACUCAGAAGAAGACUGCCGAAGAACUCAUGAACUCGAGAGUGCAUGCCCACAUGAUUGAGAGACUCAACAAAGACUUGAUUGCAAUGGAAAUUUACAAGAAGAACCUUGAGACUUCUCUCAAAAACAAGGAAACCAUGUUCGAAGAACAGAAAGAGAAGUUUAGAGCAGCCAAAGAGCAGAAGCUCCAGUCCAAAACUAUUUUCGACAACUUGGUCAAGAACCUGUACAACGAGCGGAAUGAAAAGAAGAAAAGGAUUGAGCAACUUGUCAAGUCCAUGAAGAACAAGACUGACAAUGUCAGAAGAAGAGUCGAGCGCAUCAAGAGGCAGAACGAACUGGCCGAAGCUGCAGCCAACGAGAACAAAGAUGCUGAUGAAAAGCAGAUGCGCAGAGAAUUCAUGUUCAACAAACUCUGGAACUCAUUCAUCAGGAAGAAGAUGCAGAAAGAAAUGAAGGAGUCUACUCACAUCGAUGAAGCCUUCAAAGCCAUCAAGACUGCCACCGGUGUCACUGAUGUGCAGAAGCUCGUAGAGAAGUUCUUGACCAGAGAGCAGACUUACUCCGAACUCUUGGUUGCAGUCGCUGACUCUGAAAGCAGAAUCGACAAACUCAGACGUGAAAACGAAGUCCUCAGGUCCAGACUCAACGAGCUCAAGAUCGGUGCAGAGGAAGUCGAAGGCGGCCACUCUGAGUCCGAAGAAAUUGUGGCCCUCAAGAAAGAGCUUGACGAAGUCCAGAGAGAAGAAGCCAUCAUGAAAGAAAAAUACUACAACGUUGAAAUCGUUCAGGACCUCAUUGACAACUGGGCCAGAAAGAUCAUUGGCAAGGUUGACGAUGAAGCCACCGAAGAUAGAGUCAACAACAUGGACUUGGUCGAGAUCUUUCAGAAGCUCUCAGGCAUCGUGGUGCAGAACCUUGAGGAUUAUGAGAACGAUGACGAAGACGAAAUAAUUCCAGCAUCCAACAUGAUGAAUGACCAUUUGACACAAGAUUUCAUGGAGAGAAAUAUUAGAAUUAGACCAUCUAGUGGCAAGACAGAAGCUGAUAUCGAAAAGUCGAAAUACGGCUCUAAAAACGGUCCUCAAACCGACAACCUCGAUGACAACGCUGAGAAACAAUACAACGAUGAUCUCAUCGAACUUGACAAUCAAAGGAAAAAUAUUAAGGAUAAAAUUCUGAGAAUUCAGGAAGAAAAUGCCAGAAAGAGAAAGCUUGAAAAAGGAGAUGAAAAGUAA